AUGCCCCCCUCAAGGGGAGGUCACCCACUGGUGAGAGAAGCACUUCGACAAUCACUUGAGAGGAUCGUGAGGCGUCAACAAAGGCUGCGAGAUGAGCAGCCAGCCGGAGAUCAAAGCAUACAGCAAGUCAAAGGGAAAGACAAGCAAGAUGCAUCAUUAGCAAACCCGACAAGCCCCAAACGUGUACAUUUCGAUCUCAGCUCACACGAAGACCAGCCCGUUCAUCCUCAGCCAGCGAGGCGUCCUCCGCCGGCGAUGCGAGAACGCAUCAGCUGCACCCACGGGACCUUCGUACUCAACUUUUCGUCUGCGUGUAGCGAAUGUGGUCAACCGCCCGGGGCUGGCGCUGUCUUUGUCUGCUCAGAAGAUGCGAACGAUGAGGCCAUUAUGGAAGGGCGAAGGACCGGAGAGGUGUACAAAGGUAUCGUCGACCCGCCUCCGGAAUUGACCAGUAUCGGCAUCAGUCCGUGGAUAGUCGAGGCGGCUGUCGCCGGCCAAUAUACGCAAAAGCAGCUCAAUCGCAUCGUGGCACAGAGACUCAAUGUCAUUGAGACUUGUAGAGCCGAUGAGUCGGAGGAGGUGCUGGAAUAUCUUGAGGAACCCCGUCAAACGCGAUCUCGGUCCAACUUUCAUCGGUUCAGCAUUAUUCAUUAUUCUAAGGACGAGAUGGCACAAAACGAACCGAUGGAUGAUCGCAACACUGAACAAUCGGAGAACAUUACGACGAUUGAACGAAUCCUCGCCCGAGAUGGCUCAAUUGAGUCCGAGCUGAGUCGUGGUAAAGACAAAGCCCCAGUCGGUCACGGACACGAGGAACAAUAUUCCAUGGUACCUCCGUUACGGCCGCCCCCUUGCUCAUUUCGUGUCUGUGGAUCGUGCGGUGGACAUCAUCUAGGGGAGAAAAUGUUCGGUUCCAUUGAUGCCAUUGUGAACGGUGACCAUGCGCCUCUGAGUCAACACGAUAUCGAUCAGCUGCCAGUGGCCCCGUUGGCAUCUGUACUAAAUCUUGGCCUUAGAACGCCGCCGAGCGCUCUUCAAACGUCCACUGAUGAAUCAGGAGACCGAUCAUCCACCUCUGAAUCCACUUCGUCGGAGAGUUUCUCGGAGGACUCCGAUGAGUCUGAUGAGGGGAAGGACACAAACAACAACGACGGUGACAACGACGAUGAUAACGACGAUGACAACGACGAUGACAACGGCGAUGACAACGGCGAUGACAACGAUAACCGACCUGGACGAAGUGAAGGCUCCAGGCACCGUAGCUCCACUGCUUCAUUUGCUGUUGCUUUUCGCGCCAACUCCGCGUCUCUCAUUCACAUCAACAAUCCCACAGGCCACCACACAAGCAGUCCUGAACUUCCAUCAUCGCAUCCAUCCGGUGAUCUGAACGAAGAAUCCUAUCCUGCGUCUUCCCAAACAUGUGAAAAAGCGCUUUCUGCUCUUGAAUUUCCUCAACUCGACAUGGAUCCUCUCACUCCUCGAACGCCCAUAACCCCCAAGAGCACCGAGACUCCUCAAACUCCCAUAACCCCUAAGGGUACGGAGACUCCUCAACCACCCAUGCCUCCGUUGCCUCCUUAUGACAGUGAAGAAGACGUCGUCUGGAACCGUGCCAAGCCGGUCGAGCACAAGCGCUAUUACGACAAUGGCACCUAUUUCCACGGGACCUAUCACAAACCUUUCAAGCUGUCCGAUAUCCCGCGCCGUGCUGCAUCCCUCGUCGGGGUCAGUGGCGCCAUGUCUCCCAAAGCCAUGCUCGACCGUGCGAAAAUUACCCACCCCAAGAAACCGAUGGACUCUAUGAAUCUUCCGAAUGGAACCAUCCUCCACAGCGACGCACCUCCGUCCCGAUCAGCCUCUCUCACUUCAAACGGAGAGGGCAGCUCCAACCCCAAUCCUGAACAGGACACGAAGACCGGUCGGGCUGGUCGAUCCUAUACUCCGGAAAGCUUCAUCGCUCGUACCGAGUCCUCCGCCGGUUCUCAUCGAGGGCUUGAUAGGAAGCACAGCAUUAGCAGCGUUGCCUCUUCCUUGAAACGCAUAGUGAGUGGAGCCAAGCGGUCUAGGUCUUUCGAAGUCGUUCGCAGAGGUGGUGGGCUGAACUCCCCUAACGCGUACCAACCUUAUCAACAUGAUCAGUUCCCGAGAGGACGCCAAGCGAGCCAUCCAUGA